AUGCUGCCGGAAGAGCCGGAAUACUCCGACUACGAGCAAAUCACCAUCUCCAUCCCGCUCAGGGGCUUGCGCCAAUGGGUGGCCAUCACAUACUCCUGCUUCAACGUCAUCGGAUUUGCGGUGAAUAUAUGGUUGCUGUACGUGAUCGCUCCCCUGCUACUGGCAAACACAGUAAAAGUCCCGAAAAGCAUUUUAUUCUACAUUUUCUGCCUAUGCAUUUCUGAUUUGAUGACCAUGAUUGGCAUGUUACUGCUAAUCAUCGAUCUGGUAGUUGGUACCUGGCCAUUUGGGUACCUCCCUUGUAUCACGUAUCUAGUUUUCGACGGGUUGAAUAAAUUCGUCGCUCCAAUCAUCGUCUUUCUCAUCAGCAGAACCUGUUAUACUACAGUAUGUCAAAAUAAAGGAAGUAGAGAUCGAGCGGCGAGUAUAAAGUGGGCAAUAGCCCAAAUUAUCAUUUCUCUCGAUGUGGUGAUGCUGGUGCUCCGACCAGUAUUUCAAUAUGGCCAGGUUUAUAACUUAAACCUGAGCGUCAACCAAGAGACCAAACAAAUUACCGUAAUGAGAAAAUGCGGAUUUUGGCCACCACCAGACGUCGCACUCUGGUUCAACAUUGUCGCCUGUGUUGCCAGCUAUGCCAUUCCGCUAUUUGGGAUUUUAUAUUGCUACAUUUCCGUGCCCAUGUUCUUGAAUCGACGAGCAGAAACUUCAAUUGUAACAUCAUCAAACAUGGACGCAGCCAUCAAGCGAGUCGUUGUUACAGUACUCGUGCUCUGCGGGGUAUACCUUGUUUGCUGGUCACCAUAUUGGGUGACAAUGUUCUACAACCAAGUGCUCAGCGAUCAAGGAUUUAGUGCAAAAACAGUAAUUAUCGUGCAAUAUUUCAUCCAUCUACUACCGUACGUUAGUUGUCUAGCGUACCCAGUCAUAUUUGUGUUAAUGAAUCGAGGGAUCCGACAAGCGCAUCAAAAAAUCGCUCGGGAACAAAGAAAACGGUUCAAGAGUAUAGCGGACGACGCUACAAAUACGUUGCGUAAUGUGAUCUCGAGAAAAAGUACUGCCGUACGGUCGCGGUUGUCUUCAUAUGUCUUGAGUGAUGAGGCAAACACGACUGAAUUCACGACGUGCUCGACGAAUAAUCAGUACCUUUUGGUCCAGAACGGAAGCAAUACGGUGCCCGGGACAGUGACCGUCCACCUCACCGACUCCGAGCACAAGGAUUCGAACGCUUCCCGCGCAUCCGGCUCGGCAACUGGCUCCGAAAAUUCCCAUCCGGAAGACCCGAUACACGCCAAUAGACCGGACAUCCCAAAAAUAACGCUCAGCCCUUCGGAGGAGGAUGAGAUCUAUGAGAGCGAGACGCUUUUG